AUGUUUGGUUAUGUUUAUGCAAGAGGGCGACCAUUGAGCCAUGGUCAUCGAAAGAUAAUUACCGGUAUUCCAGCUUGUCCUCCACCUCUGAUUCAUUCAUCGAUUGAUAUGGCAUCAUCCAUCCUACAAGCGUUGAUGUGGGUCGUCGCAUUAUCGCUGUGCAUCUCUUCCAGUGAGUGUUUAACUGGAGACUCGAUCAUCGAACAUAGUCAGUCUGUAGACGGUGGCUUGUGUUUUAAUCUCAUCGGACCUUCUGGUUAUAAUUGCUUAGAACACACGGCUCAAACAAAGGAUGGUUUCUUGCUAGGGCUUCAACGUGUGUCAUCAGGCAUUCUUAAUUUGGGAGCACAAACCGCACCUCCAGUUUUGCUCCUACACGGACUCUUUAUGGGUGGUGAUGCUUGGUUCAUGGAUUCCCCAAAUGAAUCAUUGGGUUUUGUUCUUGCUGACCGUGGUUUUGAUGUUUGGGUUGGAAAUGUUCGUGGAACAAAAUGGAGUCAUGGCCAUGAAUCUUUAUCAGAUGGAGACAAGGAGUUUUGGGAUUGGAGUUGGGAAGAGAUGGCUCUUUAUGAUCUUGAAACAAUGCUGAGUUAUAUAAAUUCCAAAACAAGCUCCAAAGUUUUUGUUGUGGGACAUUCACAGGGAACAAUAAUGUCAUUGGCUGCUUUUACUCAACCAGAUAUUGUUAGCAUGGUUGAAGCUGCUGCUCUUCUUUCUCCUAUCUCAUAUUUGGAUCACAUCACAUCUAAACUCGUUCUUAAUCUUGUUCAUAUGUAUCUUGAUGAGGCACUUGGGUUACUGGGAAUGCAUCAACUGAACUUGAAGAGUGACAUUCUCACAAACAUGAUAGAGUCUGCUUGUGAUGGGCAUUUAGAUUGCAGUGAUAUGUUAGCAUCCAUUACAGGUGAAAACUGCUGUUUUAACAGCAGCCGUGUGGAUGUAUAUCUUGAAUACGAACCUCAUCCUUCAUCUGUAAAGAACUUGAAGCAUCUUUUCCAAAUGAUACGCAAAGGUACAUUUGCAAGCAAAAUCCCAGAAUCAUUGCCAAUUUGGAUGGCUUAUGGGGGAAACGAUGCUUUGGGGGAUGUGAUUGAUGUGGAACACACACUAAAAGAAUUGAAAUCAAAACCAAAUGUUUUGUUUUUGGAGGAUUAUGGCCAUAUAGACUUCUUGUUAAGCACAAGAGCAUAUGAAGAUCUUUAUGACAACAUGAUCAACUUCUUUAAGUCAUGUGGAAUGUCCAGCUAA